CUACUAGUAGUAUCAAUCAGCCUUUCACCUGAUAAGUGGUACUAGUACUAGUCUUUUUUUGGAGUACAUUCUAGGGGCUUCAAGCUCCGCAAUCGAGUACCUGCGUUCAGUAUUAGACGCUCAUCCUUGCAACACGAAUCCGUUAUUAUCCACAAUGCGAACGCUUGACCAGGCCAAGGAAGCCUUCGUCGAGGACUUCAACUGGAAGCGUGCGAGACGGCUCGCGCAGGCCGGGACUCGUGCUCUCCCGGGGGCGGCGGUCGAAUAUGUGGUUGACAAGUUCCCCAUCGUGCAAUGGCUGCCUCGCUACAACCCGAGAUGGCUCGUCAACGAUGUCAUCGCCGGCUUGACGCUGGGUCUCAUGCUGAUUCCGCAGGGCUUGUCGUACGCCAAGAUCGCGACUGUGCCGGUCCAGUACGGACUCAUGUCCAGCUGGCUGCCGUCGGUCAUCUAUGCCUUCAUGGGCACGACGAAGGACCUGUCCACUGGCCCGACAUCCCUCAUCAGUCUGCUCACGGCGGAGAUCAUCAAGCAGCUCCGCGGCGAGCAGUGGUCCCCGUCCGAGAUUGCGUCGGCGGUGGCGGUGAUGAUCGGCAUCUACGGGCUCGUGAUCGGACUGCUGAAGCUCGGCUUCCUCCUGGAGCUCAUCUCGCUGCCGAUCCUCAGCGGCUUCAUCUCGGCCGUGGCCAUCACCAUCGCGCUCAACCAGAUGGACUCGCUGCUGGGCGAGCCGAACGUGGGCGACGGCACGGCCACGCAGAUCCACGACAUCUUCCAGCAGCUGCCGCAGGCCAACGUCUACGCCUGCGCCGUCGGCUUCACCGGCAUUUUGUUUCUGACCGUGCUGGACCAGGCCGGCAAACGGUGGGGGAAGAAGAACAGAAUCGUGUGGUUCCUCUCCAUCACGCGGGCCUUCAUCACGCUGGUCAUCUUCACCGGCGUCGGCUACGCGGUGAACCGGUCGCGCGGAGAUGCAGACAGCUUCCUGUUCGAGGUCGUCCAGGUCAAGUCCAACGGCCAGGAGGCGCCCCGCGUGCCCAACCCGACGCUGCUCUCCAAAGUCGCGGGCCCGAGCGUGGCCGUGUUCAUCGGGUCCGCCGUCGAACACACGGCCAUCGCGCGCGGCUUCGGGGUGCGCAACCACUACGUCACGGACCAGAGCCAGGAGCUGACCUUCUACGGCGUGGCCAACAUCGCCAACAGCUUCUUCCACGCCAUCGGCGUCGGCGGCGCCAUGUCGCGCACCGCCGUCAACUCGGCCUGCAACGUGAAGUCGCCGCUCUCGGGCUUCGUCACCACGGCCGUCGUGUUGGUCUCCAUCUUCAAGCUCGUCGGCACGCUGUACUGGAUCCCCAAGGCCACGCUGGCGGCCAUCAUCAUCUGCGCCGUGUGGCCGCUGAUCUCGCCGCCCUCGGUCUUCUACCGCUACUGGCGGACCUCCCUAGCCGACUUCGUCUCGGCCAUGCUCGCCUUCUGGGUGUCCCUGUUCGUGUCCACCGAAAUCGGCAUUGCCACCUCGGUGGGCUUCAACAUAGUCUACGUGCUCCUCCGGCAGAUCUUUGCGCCCAUCUCCACCGUGCCAGACCCAGACAAUGACCACGAGCGGCACUGCUCCGAAAUACUACAAGCCAUCUCCUCCCCCCCUUCAUCCUCCCUCCCCCUCCCAUCCGACACGCGCAUCUUCCACUUCACCGACUCCGUCUUCUUCCCCAACGCCUACGCAAUCAAAACCGCCCUCCUAGACACCAUCAAGGCCCACCACGCGCCCGUGUUCCACAGCCCCGAGGCCCUCGAGGCCGAGCGGAACUGGUCUGUCAGCGGGGAGCGGCGACUCGCCAAACUCCGCCGGAAGGCCGGGAUUCGGGACCCGCGCGCACUGCCGCCCAUCGGGCUUGUGGUGGUCGAUUUUGGGAGGGUGAACCACAUCGAUGCGACGGCCUGUGCGCAGCUGGAGGUUCUCCUAUCCGAGAUUAGGGCGUAUGGCGGGGAAGGGGUGGCAGUGCGGUUUGCGGGCAUGUCUGGGUAUGUCAGGCAGCGGUUUGUGCGGGCUGGAUGGCGGGUGGUGGAGGGCGGGGAGGCAGGGGGGUCGGGUGAAGGGGGCAGGAUUGAAGGCGUGUCGGGCGUGGAUAAGCACAUGGUGGUGGAGGCGUAUCGUAGUGUUGUCUGUGCUGUGACUGCGCCGAGGCACGGGAAUGUAACGGCGGCGGCGGAGAAAGAGGGCGGAGGAAAGGGAGAGGAUGUUGAGGAAUAUGUCGAGGAGGCGUAGGCAUCUGCGAAAGGCGAUAGUAGGCGAUGGUAUGUUGCUUAAGGGGUAGUAUUACUAAUAGGAGCUGAUGUAUGCUCCUCUGUCACUACGACAACAGACAUCCUCUGCCCGCAAAAGCUCGCGGUUUCUUAUACGCUUGCAGCAUCUUCCAGACUGAAAGCUCCUUGCAUACAUCAUGAAUAUGGCCGAUCAAAGGCUACAGGUGGGCUCGGUCCAGCUCCGCCUCGGCGUACUAGUAGACAGCUAAACUUGACCUAUUCCCCCUUGCCCUUAUCAUAUCCCGCCUCUUUCUUCCCUCAGAAACGUUCUCAUACCCU